AUGACAGCGAUUAGUAGGAAAACGAUUUAUCCAUUGCUUUCAAAAAGAGUGAAUCUCGCACCACGUACUGCUACGUGUUCAUAUGUUCGACGCAAAUUCUCCGGAGAACCAACUGGACCUAGAGUUGUAUCCCAAAUUCCUGGCCCAGAAUCCCUGAAUCUGUUAAACCAACUGGAUAAAAUUCAGAACACAGAUGCUGUGGCGUUUUUCGCAGACUACGACAAAAGCUGUGGGAAUUACAUAGUGGACGCAGAUGGCAAUAUCAUGUUAGACAUGUUAACUCAGAUGGCGUCUAUUCCUCUUGGAUACAAUCACCCCAGACUAAUGGAGACGAUGAGGAAACCGGAGAAUUGGACUCCAUUCGUUAACCGACCAUCACUGGGAGUAUCGCCUCCGAGCGACUGGACUCAGCUUCUGAAGAAGGAUCUCUUAUCAGUGGCUCCAUCUGGUAUGAGGCAAGUGCAGACCAUGUCUUGUGGUUCCUGUACAAUAGAGAACGGACUGAAGGCAAUGUUUAUAGCUCACGAAAGAAGAAGGCGGAGCGGAGCGCCCCCUACACCAGAAGAGAUGUCCUCAUGUAUGUGUAACAUACCGCCAGGGAGCGCUGACAUCACUAUACUGUCCUUUUCGGGGGCCUCACAUGGAUGGACUUUGGGUGCACAAUCGGUCAGUCACGCCAACUGGACGCAAAAGUUGGACCUUAAGAGUAUGAGGUGGCCGGUGGCUACCUUCCCGUCUCUGAGGUACCCUUUGGAGGACCAUGAAAAGGAAAACAGACAAGAGGAGCAGCGCUCACUGAGUGAGGUGGCAGAUAAAAUAGAACGGCAGAUGAAAGAUGGCCGCCCUGUUGCAGGAUGCUGUGUGGAACCCGUACAAUCAGCAGGAGGAGACAACCAUGCUAGUCCAUGGUUCUUCCAAGAACUUCAGAAAAUAUGUAAGCAAAAUGGCGUAGCUUUGUUAAUGGAUGAAAUUCAAACUGGGUGUGGAUCAACUGGAAAAUUCUGGGCUCAUGAACAUUUUAGUUUACCGGAACCCCCGGACAUCGUGGCGUUUGGAAAAAAGAUGUUGACUGGAGGAUUCUACUACCGAGAAAACAUGAGGCCACAGGAGGCUUUUCGAAUUUUCAACACAUGGGUUGGUGACCCCUCUAAGAUGGUGUUGCUGAGAGCUGUCUUAAACACAAUCAGGGAAGAGAGAUUGCUUAAUUUGGUGUCGAGUACAGGGGUACACCUUCUGAAGGGACUACGCGAAAUUGAGUUGAAGUAUCCCGCAUUCAUUCGCAAUGCUCGCGGUCUUGGGACUCUCUGUUCCGUGGAUUUUCCAAAUAAUUCCGAGAGAGAUAAAGUCAUUCAGGGUCUACGAAACAGAGGUGUAAACACCGGCCCCAGUGGUGACAGAUCCCUAAGACUUAGACCAUCCUUAAUCUUUACAAAGGUUCAUAGUGACAUUUUCCUGGAAGUUUUAGAAUCAACAGUCAAAGACAUAAUGGCGUAAUCAUUCAGUCAGAUCUACCGUACCCUGCUUACUAAAGUUACUUCACGUCUGCGAAGCAUACGAACUGACAAUCAAUGCCUUAUGAGGAGAAUGCAAGAAUACCGCUUAAAAUAAUGUAUAUAUUGGUAUAUUUUGACGGUAUUGCAUGCGUAAUAGCUACAAUAUUAAAGAGUAAAAUUUGA